CACUCUCGGUUUCCAUUCUCUCUUUCCCACCUGACACUGCGUUUCUGUUUUUCCACUACUUACGCGCGCUGCUGAUUAAUUGAACUCCAAAAACCGAACAAAACAAAGGAGAUUGAACAUUCCGUUGACCGAUCCCGGCGUGCUUGCUCCUCACCGGAAAGUUAAUAGAAUCUUAACCAAUGGGAGACUCUCGUGGUGGAUGCUGUCCCCCGAUGGAUCUGUUUCGUUCCGAGCCAAUGCAAUUGGUUCAGCUUAUCAUUCCAAUGGAGUCCGCUCGCCUUACCGUCUCUUAUCUCGGCGACCUCGGCCUCCUCCAAUUCAAAGACUUGAAUUCAGAGAAAAGUCCAUUUCAACGAACCUAUGCUGGUCAGAUUGAAAAAUGUGGAGAGAUGGCACGUACUUUGGGUUUUUUCAAGGAGCAAAUGCUAAAAGCAGGCCUAUCCCCUUCAGCGAAAUCUGUGCCAGAAACUGACAUUGAUGUGGAUGACUUAGAGGUGAAACUAGGAGAACUUGAGGCAGAGCUGAUUGAAAUAAAUGCAAAUGGUGAAAAAUUGCAACGUAGUUAUAAUGAGCUGGUCGAGUAUAACAGUGUUUUGAAGAAGGCUGGUGACUUUUUUCCUUCAGCCCAACAAAAUGCUACAGCUCAGCGGAGGGAAAUGGGAUCAAGUCAAAUUAGUGAAGAAUCCAUAGAAACUCCUUUGUUACAGGAGCAAGAAACCUCAGCAGAUUUGUCAAACCUAGUGAAGUUGGGGUUUAUUACUGGCCUUGUUCCUAGGGGAAAGUCUAUGGCAUUUGAGAGGAUUUUAUUUCGUGCAACUAGGGGAAAUGUGUUCCUCAAGCAGGUUCCUAUAGAGGCACCUUUCAUUGAUCCUAUUUCUGCAGAGAAGAUGGAGAAAAAUGUAUUUAUGGUUUUCUUCUCCGGAGAAAGAGCAAAGAAAAAAAUUCUGAAGAUCUGUGAUGCUUUUGGAGCUAACCGUUAUCCCUUUUCUGAGGACCAUGGCAAACAGGCUCUGAUGAUUUCUGAGAUUUCGGGAAAAAUUUUGGACCUAAAAUCUACCAUAGAUGCUGGAUCGCUUCACCGGUACCAUUUGUUGCAGACUAUUGGUGUUCAGUUUGAGCAAUGGAACCUUAAGGUCAAGAAGGAGAAAUCAAUCCAUCAUACUCUGAAUAUGCUUAGUCUUGAUGUAACAAAGAAAUGUCUUGUGGCUGAGGCAUGGAGUCCUGUUUUUGCCACAAAACAUAUUCAGGAGGCAUUGCAGCGGGCUUCAGUUGACUCCAACUCUCAAGUUGGAGCCAUUUUACAGGUCAUGCAUACAAGAGAGUUACCACCUACCUACUUUUGCACAAAUAAAUUUACUGCUGCUUUUCAGGAAAUUGUCGAUGCAUAUGGAGUGGCAAAGUAUCAGGAAGCAAAUCCAGGUGUUUUCACAAUUGUUACAUUUCCUUUCCUUUUUGCUGUUAUGUUUGGUGAUUGGGGGCAUGGAAUAUGCUUGUUACUUGCAACAUUAAUUUUGAUUGUCCGGGAAAAGAAACUUUCUAGUCAGAAGCUUGGAGAUAUAACAGAAAUGACAUUCGGUGGCCGUUAUGUUAUUUUGAUGAUGUCACUCUUCUCAAUUUAUGCCGGGUUUAUCUAUAAUGAGUGUUUCUCUGUAGCUCUUGAUUUAUUUGGUCCCUCAGCUUAUGCUUGUCGUGACCUCUCUUGCCGUGAUGCAUAUUCUAUUGGUUUAAUUAAGGUGCGUGACACUUACCCAUUUGGGGUGGAUUCUGCAUGGCAUGGUACCCGUAGUGAGCUGCCAUUUCUAAACUCUCUAAAGAUGAAAAUGUCAAUCCUUCUUGGGGUGGCUCAGAUGAACCUCGGAAUUAUUUUGAGUUAUUGCAAUGCAACAUUCUUUGGUAAUAGCGUGAAUAUAUGGUUUCAAUUCAUUCCCCAGAUGAUAUUUCUGAACAGCCUAUUCGGCUAUCUAUCACUCCUUAUCAUUUUGAAAUGGUACACUGGUUCACAAGCUGAUUUGUACCACAUCAUGAUAUACAUGUUCCUGAGCCCUACUGAUGAAUUGGGGGAUAAUCAGCUUUUUCCGGGCCAAAAAAGAGCCCAGCUUGUGCUAUUAUUACUUGCCCUGGUGUCCGUACCAUGGAUGCUAUUACCAAAGCCAUUUCUUCUAAAGAGACAACAUGAAAACAGGCAUCGAGGCCAAUCAUACUCGCCAGUUGAAACAACGGAUGUCACUCUCCAUUCAGAAGCGAGUCAUGUUUCCCAUGGCCACGGUCAUGGGGAUUUUGAGUUUAGUGAAGUCUUUGUGCAUCAACUCAUACAUACCAUAGAGUUUGUGCUCGGUGCAGUUUCAAACACAGCCUCAUACCUCCGACUAUGGGCCCUCAGUCUUGCUCACUCACAGUUGUCAAUUGUGUUCUAUGAGAAGGUUCUUCUCCUUGCUUGGGGAUACGACAACAUGGUUAUCCUGGUUGUUGGCAUCAUCAUCUUUAUUUUUGCAACCGUGGGUGUAUUGCUAAUCAUGGAGACCUUGAGUGCUUUCCUACAUGCUCUGAGACUUCAUUGGGUAGAAUUCCAGAACAAAUUCUACGAGGGAGACGGUUACAAGUUCUAUCCAUUUUCCUUCGUGGCGAUCGACGAUGAAGACGAUUGAAGCAUUCGAAGAAUCGAAUAAAGAAACUAUGACGAUUGAGUCGAAUUUUGAUAGGUACGUAACAAGUUUUGUUGAUUAGAACAAUCAUUAGGAAAUCGGAUUUA